AUGGUGAGCAGAGUGACGAAGAGUGAUAAUACUGCCAGCCACGGAACCUCCACCCGUCGCCGUCAACGCCAGCCUCAGACAUCGUGCAACCACUGCCGCGCGAAGAAGCUCAAAUGUAACAGGGAGAUUCCGUGCUCAAGCUGCGUCACCCGCGGAUUGCCUUGUCACGGGCCUGAUGGCUCUACUCCCCCGCGCUCUCAAGCUGACAUCGUAUCCGUCAACCCGGCAUUAGAUGCGCGGCUGCGUGCCCUGGAGGAAGCCGUAUUCGGCACGACGAGCCCGGCAUGGUCGUCCCUCAACAUCGGCGCCCGCGUGCCCACACCGGCAGCUACGGACUCUGCGCGCGGUCACGAUACGCCACGCUCGGAUACCACCACCACGACGCAGAGGCAGAAGAUGUCUUCCGAGCUAGACUAUACGCAGCCCUCGGUCGGUUACCCAUACGGGAGAUCGACGACAGACUACGUCGACGUCACCGUCUGCUCGCCAGAGGGUGUUAUCGCCCCGGUCAGCGGUACGCCGGGUCCGUACUCUCCCCCCGGACGAAGGCGCAUCACGCUGCCGCAUCGGUCCAGCGCCAAGGCCCUGGUGGACAUGUACCUCCAGACGAGCGUUUACACGCGCGCGCUGUUCCACCGAGCCUCUACCGUGGCGCGCGUGGAAGACAUGUACGGCGCCGUCGAGCGGGGAGAGCCGGCGGACGCGGGGAGCCUGGCGCUCAUGCUCAGCUUCUGCGCGGCCUGCAGUUCGUGGAGGGCGACGAGUACCGGAUCCUCGCUCCUCCUGUCACAACCCCGACGGCAGCAGCAGCAGCAGCAGCAGCAGGAGCAGAAGCGGCCGGGUGACUGGAUCCGUGAAGCGUGGGAGAUACUCGGCCGAUGCGACGAGCGCCCGACGCUUGAGGGCCUGCAGGCGCGCAUGGUCCUCAACGACGUCCUGUACGAUGUGGAAGGGUACACGUCCAACAUGCGCGGCGCGGUGACGGCGAGCAUCUCCAUGGCGCGCGACAUGGGCCUGCACCUGGUGGACCACCCGACGCGCGGGUGCCGCGACGACGGCGAUGGCGACGCGGCGACGCUCGAGAUCAAGCGCCGCAUAUGGUGGUACCUCGUCGGCACGGACUGGUGCAUGUCUUGCAUGGGCGGCACCUUUGACAGGACCUACACCAUCCACCCGCGCCACAUGGCCGUCCGCCGACCCCUGGACAUUGACGACACGGUCCUCGACGCCAUGUCCACCGCCCAGAAGGUGCCUCCUGUCCAUCGACGUCAACGGCAACAACGGCGACGGCAGCCGCCGCCACCGCCGACACCCUCUACCACCCAUACGUCAGUGACCCAUCUCCUCCUGCGGAUCCGCGCCGCCGAAAUCUGCCGCGAGAUAGCAGACGCCAUGCCCCUCGAGGCCGGUGACGUCGACGACCUCCCGUUCGACCAGGUCCUCCGUCUGGACAGGCUGUUUGAGCAGCCCCUCGCCGACUUGCCGCGCAGCCUACUCUUCCUAGACGGCGACGGCGACGGCGACGACAACCACGACGACACCACGACGGCAACGAAACAGUACACCAUCCAGGUAAACUUGCUGCACGUGGCCCUGAACGCCCGCCGCGCCCGCUUCCUCUGGACGUUUCUUUCGUCGCGCGUCCCCGACUCGGACGCUCGCUUCCUCGUUUUCCGACACCGGUGCCUCGAGAGCGCCCGCUCGGCAGUCCAGGUGUCCACCUCGAUCCUCAAGGCCAUGCUGGCGACUGAUACCGGCGGCGGCGACACCGGCACCAGCACGCCCACGACGACGGCGACGACGACGGCGACGACGACGACGACGACAGAGUCCCUCGCCGCUUCCUCUGGCGUAGUUCUGGCCCACUUCUUCCAGUCGUGCCUGAUCGUCUGCUCCGACCCGGAUUUCGGUCACCACACCGAAGCCGGGGACCCGCGCAGGAAGCUCCUCCAGGAUGCCUUCGACACGCUCAGCCGCGUCGGACGCGAGUCGUCGUGGGGUUCCAGGCUACUGCACCGUCUAGGGAACAUCAUGCAGCGCUUCAGGACGCCGGCGGAGACGGGCGGCGGCGACGGCGUCGUCGCCGUCAUCCAACCCCACCCCCCCGCCGGUAGCAAUCGCGGUGGUGAGAGCAGUGUCGGACCGGCUGAUGAUGCCGCGCAGGACGACGCCGCGACGACGGCGGGUGUGGCUGAUGAGGUGCACUGGACGGGACAGCAGCAGCAGUUUCAGGGGGACGGCGUCCUGCCUGCUGAUGGUGCAUGUGCGCAGCUCGCGUUCGGCGAUAUCUCCUGGCACGAUUUCGUAGGUGUCGUGCCUGGGGGUGAGGACUGGAUACAGCUGUUUACCGAUCUCGAUAACUGUCGGGGUGUUUUGUAA